AUGCCUCCCAGGAUUUCGUCAUACCCUUCUCUGGAUUCUCCGUCACAUUCUCGAUCGGGAUCCGUCUCCGGUGGCCCCAGCAAUGGCCCCACUGCGUUCCCUCCAUUUCUUUCCAACACGAACAGGCACAGAUCAUCCAAAUCCCAAUCUUCCCUUUUAAGGUUAAGUGGAACCAAUAGUAAUUUUACCGAUUAUGUAGCGGGUGGUGGAGCAGGCUCCAUAUCAGCAGGUGGAGCUGGAGACGAACAUAGUAUAAGACUGACAGACCGAAUUUCCAGUACAAAGCCAAGCAUCACACAUGCUGACAAGCUUUGGACUCAGAUCGAUGUAUUGGAUGAUGUGAAAACCAUGUCCAAUCAAGUAAAACUUAGAGGUUCAUUUUUUAAUGAGGCUUUCAAUGCAGAAUUAGCGAGCUUGAAGGAGUCGCAAAACAAAUUGCUAGAGGUUAUGGCUGCGCAACAUGGUAAGCUAAAGGAGGAAGAGCAACAAAGGAAUAUGUACAAGUUGGGGAAUCAGAAUGCGACCAAACAGGCUGAAGCUGCAGCUACGCCUGCUAUUGCGACAAGCAAGAGUGCGACUGUAUCGCCAGGACCUUCUGGACCUUCUAGUAGAAGUGGUAUCAAUGCAGGAGCUGAAACCGGAAAGGACGAUGGAACCGAUGCCGAUAGUGCUGGAGGAUCUAAAGAAACAGACCGCACGAGGAAAGCGACUGAAGAGAACAAGGACAAAUUGAGGGCUUUCUUCAACGAAGAAGAUAACUUUGGUUCGACUAAUAUUAUGCAUAGAAAACUAGAUUUAGAGGAGUUGGAUAAGUACAUCGAGGAGACGAGACAGAAUUUGGAAGUUGUCGGAGAAGCAAUGAAAAACUUCGAUGAAACUACUAGAGAACUUUGGUAG